AUGGGUUCGACAGGCGUACUAAGCCGACCGGGGGAGCACUGGCAACAGUCAGCGGCCAAAUGGCAACAGUCUACCGAUAAAUGGCAGCACUCGACAACGGAAGCAUGGCGUCGGUCUGCCACCGCAUGGCACGACUCGAAGGAUCGAUGCCAUCGGACUACCAUGGAGGCCUGCCACAAAUCGGCGGACUCGUGGAAUUACUCCAAGAUUGUCUGUCGGAGGUCGACUGCAGGCGUAUUGGCACGGUCGGCGAACAGAAUAUACCAGACGACAGACCGACUACAACACAAGGGUCUUCUUGAGCACCAGGCCGAGCAUAAAAAGCCCCCGACCGAGCAGAGUUCGGAGCCAGGUAGCCCACCAUCAGGAAACAUCACUCAUAUCCCAGAAGCACCGCAGGCUGUGCAACCAGCAGAAUCAAGAUCGUUAACCGACACACCCAAAUCACCGCAACCCAAAAUAUCAACAACUUCACCAUUAUCGCAAACCUCUCCCGUGUCCUCUAUAUCUUCUCCCUCUACCUCAUCUCCAAAAUCGCCAUCCGAGACCGCUACCGAUUCAACAGCAUCUUCUUCUCUAUCAGUCGAUCUGUCCAUAAAAAAGCGACGACCCGACGAGCAGAUCCGGGGGUUGUUGAAAUUUGCGGAUCACGUUUCCUCCCGGGUUAUGGAGGCAAAGCGGCUCAGGGAUGCCAAAUCAACCCAACUCGGGGAAAUUGAACAUAACUGGAUCAAUUCGACCAUCGUCGACGCCGAUGACUCGGCACGAGAACUGGCUGAUCUUCUGGAGCUAUGUCGGUUCGAUAUGGCGAAGCGCAAGGGAAAAGGCAAGAUCAGUUCGACAAACCGGAAGCAGUGGAAGCUUCAAGGACGUGGGCGCGCCGAAGAAAAGCAAUACCGCUUGGUUCGAUAUCAGUGCCGACUUGACCGAGUACUGGCUCACCUUGAGAACCUUAAAUUGCCUCUCGAGACUCUAGCUCAUGACACCGCAGCGGAGGCUGCAGCUGAACUCUCGACUAGGGAGCCGGGAGCCAAGUCUGUCGCAGAGCUUUCAAGCGAUGUGUCGCCCGAUCCCGUGGCAGAGCUGCCGAGUGAUGUGUUGCAGGAGUCCAAAGUUCCAGUAGCUGAGCUUCCUUCAUCAUCUGGUACGAUCAUACGAAAGCCCGUGCCGGUCCUUGCAGAGCUCCCCGGUGACUCGGCCAUCAUCUGUAUACAACCCGCACCAAUCGCAAGGAAUAUACCCAAAAUUAUUGUCACGAGUACCCCGGAUGAUUCAUCAUUUACUCUGGUUGAUAGUCCGGAUACACCUAACGCCACUUAUGAGAGUAGAGAGUUGAAUGAGCUUUUGUCCUGGAAGGAGACACGGAACAGCAUUCGCUUGCAGCAAUCUGAGUCGCUCUCGAAGAUCGUCUCCCGAAUGGAGAGCACGAGGUCAAAGUGA